CCACCUUAUCGUCUCCCCCCUCGGGUUCUAUCCAAGGCAGAAGAUUCCGGUGGGAAACACACGCACCUCCUCGUCGGGCGAGCGCAGCAGAAAUGGCGACCCUCUCCAUGGUCUCCGGCCCCGUCGCCACCUCGUCCCUCCCCCUUUCCACCCGCCGCCGCGCCUCCUCCGUCUCCUUCCCCGCCCCCAAGAAGGGCGGCAUUGGCCAUGGUGGCCUGCGGAUCGAGUGCAUCCGUAUCGGUGGUGUUGAGAUCCCAAACCACAAGAGGGUGGAGUACUCGCUGCAGUACAUCCAUGGCAUCGGACGGAAUCGCUCCCGCCAGAUCCUUUUGGACCUCAGUUUUGAUAACAAGGUCACCAAGGACCUCUCCGAGGAGGAGGUCAUCACGCUCCGUAAGGAGGUCACCAAGUACAUGAUUGAAGGAGACCUUAAACGGUUCAACCGUGUGGCGAUCGAGAGGAUGAAGGAGAUCCGGUGCUACAAGGGCAUCCGGCACAAGCUCGGCCUCCCGGUCCGUGGCCAGAGGACAAAGAACAACUGCAGGACGCUCAAGGGGAAGAGGGCUUCCGUCGCCAAGAAGAAGUCGGCUUCGUCCUCCGACGAAUAAGUGACAUUGCCAUGUGUAUUUACCUCUUGUUUGGUUUUUGUGAGCUACAUCACGACGCUACUACCGUUUGUUGCUCCGGCUCAAGUUUCCAUGCCGUCGUAGAUGAAUUAUAUUACGGGGAUAUGGUCGGAUGCUGCUGCAGAGUUUAUAGUCAUGACAUCUCUUCUCUUA